AUGAACUGGACUGGAGGCCGUCUCCAUCGAUCCUCAUACAAGAUGAAGUUAUCCUCCAAAAACGUUGGGAGACAACGUGUUGCUCAAGCUAAAAUACGCAUGGUAGAUAGGCCGCCAGAUACUCUAUCGUUUGAGGUUGCUACUGAAGCACCGGGUAAGGAAGGCUGCGAUAAUGGACACGCUGGCACCAUUCGAGCAGUUGACGACCUUGGAGCAAGCUUUCAGAAAGCAAAACAGCCAGCAUAUUCAAAUACCGAAGAUCCUCGAUCAAAAAACUAUUGUCACUCUCAGAUAACCAAGCCGAGUUCCAUAGGUUCCCCUGCGGUUAGAGUUGAGGAGAUGAGAAAGAAGCUACUUGAUAAGAAAGACUGGGCAGGUCUUAGCCUAUCACGACCGCAUAAGUUACAUACAUCAUGUGGCAAAGUUAGAGGGAGACUUGGAAGAAGGCAGUCAUUCCCUUAUGGAAGAAAUCCCAUCCAAUACUCCCCUCAACGAGGACACUUUUCUCUUCCGAUGAAACGCCGAAAUAUUGCACAACCACACUUAUACCCAACAAAUCAGCUAAAUUCCGAUGAUAUUAGUAUAUGGAUUGAGCAACAACAAGAGGAGCCUCGGUAUGAGGCUCUCCACAAUGAAAUGUAUAUGGAAGCCCAAGAGUCAGUGGAGCCGAUAUCGUCUGAUAACAACACAAGCAGAGAUAGAUCAACUAGGUCUCCUAGGUCUACAACGCGCAAUGCGCGCUCUAUAUGUCAGUCAGGCAUGAAGACACCACGAUAUGCUGCUUGUGGUAAUCGUGUCGACAACGAGCAAUACCAAUUACAAUUGGGUAAACGGCUAGAUAUCUCCCCAAGUCCCGAUCUAUCAAACCUACCCGUUCUAGAUCGCCGUGGCUCGUUUGCUACAAUCGAUGGUCAGACAAGAUAUGUGCCACCGCCAUCUUCUAAACCCAGCAGUUCGAGUUCUCCAGAAGAUAGUAGGAUGAAGUCAUCAAGGAAUGCAGAUGAAUACUGGUCUCGGAGAAGAGCCAUGUUAUACCAUAGUCAGAGAUACCAAGCACAAGAUAUAUCUCCGCGAAACACUAAGUGUAUGGAAGUAGCAAACAACCUGACCGGAUGCUCUUCAGAAUAUUCGUGUGGCGAUAACACUGCCAUGAUACGACAGAGGGAGGUAACUGGCGGCGUGGAAAAAUCUAAAAUAGGAGACUUUUCAACGUCCUCUUCUGACCAAGCCACUUUUUGGCCUAACACUAUCCCAUCACCCUUUAGGAAUGAACCCAGUUGCCUCUCUUAUCACCCGAUACCCUCCCCACAGUCGAACAGAGAGCAACAUUCCAUUAACCAAAGGUACUCAUAUACGGCCAGGAAUUCGAUAUAUCGAAGGAAUGUUAUUUAUAAUGAUAACUACUGGGGGGAAGAACUCCUUUGGUCUAUUGUUGACCUUGUCUCCGGUGACUGGGAGCAUACAAGACCAGUAUGUGAGAUACGUGGCCCUGUAAGCCGACAGUCCCACCAACCAGAUAUGGUAAUUGUCUAG